CGGGAGCAACGCCGAAGGAGCGUUGAGCAAGCGUAGCCAGCCAGCCAGCCCUGCCCGCCCAGCCUGCCCGCCGUCAGCAGCAGUGGCAGCAGCAGCAGCUGGACCGAGCCGUGUACCCAGGUAGCGAGCAGGGCGAGGGCAAGCCGCUGAGAAAUGAGGCCUGAACAAGAGUGGGUAACAAAUCCCCAAUGAAGAUCCUGAGGCGCUCCUGCUACUAGUAGUACAGCAGUAGCCGAGUAGCCCCGUCCAGCGCUCUCACAUCCCCUCAGGCCCCUUUGUUGCAACCUUCUCAUUUCAUCUCAUUCGCCUUCCAUUCCACACCCUCUCACACGCACGCACGAACACACACACACAGACUGCCAGACUGCCACUGGGUUUUUGCGUGUGCCAGCAGAGCCAACGCCGGGGACACUAGGUGGUAGUAGUAGUGUUCGUCAGUGCCAUCGAGGUGUGUUUUCCCUGCCCACCCUGCCCUGCCCUGCCCUGCCCUGCCGUAUCCUGCCCUGUCGUUGUCUUUUGGGCCGGGUCUCUUUCCGACCCUGCCUGCUGUGCCAGUUGUGCCUACCUCACCUUACUUUCUCCUCUCACGAUCCACGACCCAAGAUCUACGGUCCACGGCUCACACAUACACUCCACAUACCUCUCCCCACGCCCAUUAUUCUCUCUUCCCUCGACACACAGACAACAUACACUACCUGGUAGACAUCCUCACCGAACGGCCGGCCGUCGAUGCUGAUAAUUACUGGUCUGUCGCAGCUCCUGAUUCGUGUCCCAGCCUAAUUCAGAAAGAGGCCGCUUCCGCUGCUAUCUAAGCUUGGACCCGCCGCCGCAGCUGGCACUCUCGAACCUCCACUCUCAUCUUCCCAAAAUCCUCCUUAGCGAGGGAGCAUCCCCUUAAUCUGAUUGCCUCUCUUGCCCUCGUCGUCGUCGUCGUCGUCGUCGUCGUCAUCAUCAUCAUCCUCCUCCUCAUCAUCAUCACCGUCACACCAUCAUCAUUAGUAUCAUCGACAAUAUCGCCGCUUGGCUGUGCACGAGGACAUCCCUACACCAGCGACCGCAGCCCACCAGAAUCGGUGUCGUUCCCACCCCCGCCCUGGCUGCAACUACGGCACAACAAAAAAAAUAACACCCGCUCGACCCGAUUGUAUAUAAAACACCGUCAGAGGACGACAUCAUGUGCUUCGGCAGGCGGAAUAAAGAUGAGGCCGAUGCGACGCGGUCGCGCGAGCUGGACAAGAUCCUCAAAGCGGACGAGAAGCGGAUGCAGAAGGAGGUCAAAUUACUUUUGCUCGGAGCCGGGGAGUCUGGCAAGUCGACCGUGCUGAAGCAGAUGAAGCUCAUCUACGCCACCGGAUUCAGCAAGAACGAGAAGCUCGAGUGGAAGCCUGUCGUCUUCAACAACAUCGUCCAGUCCUUCCGUCUGAUAUACGAUGCUAUGACCGAAUUGAACAUCGCCUUCGAGCAGCCCGAGAGCGAGAAAUGCAUGGAGCAAAUAUUGGUGGACCAUGAGCUGAGCCCGAACGAUCAUUUCCCUACCGAAUUCCUCGAGCCGAUCAAGAGCCUCUGGGCCGACGAGGGUGUGAAGAAGGCAAUUGCCAAGGGCAACGAAUAUGCGCUACACGACAACCUGGAAUACUUCUGCGACGACAUCGAACGAUUCUGGGACAAGGCUUAUGUCCCAACAGACCAGGACCUUCUGCGGUCACGGUUACGGACGACUGGUAUAACCGAGACGGUGUUUGAUCUCGGCCAGCUCACAUAUCGCAUGUUCGAUGUUGGCGGCCAGCGGUCAGAGCGGAAGAAGUGGAUACAUUGUUUCGAGAACGUCAACUGCCUGUUGUUCCUGGUCGCCAUUUCAGGCUACGACCAAUGUCUUGUGGAGGACAAGGAUGGCAACCAAAUGAACGAGGCUCUUAUGCUGUGGGAAUCAAUUGCGAACUCCCACUGGUUUCUCAAGUCAGCACUGAUCCUGUUCCUCAACAAGAUGGAUCUUUUCAAGGAGAAGCUGGCAAAAAGCCCAAUCACCCAGCACGGAUUCACAGACUACCACGGACAACCCGACGAUUGGAAGCAGGCGAGCAAGUACUUCAUGGACAAGUUCCGCGCGCUGAACCGCAACCCCGAGAAGGAAAUAUACGGCCACUUUACGAACGCCACAGACACGAACCUCCUCAAGAUCACGAUGGGAUCUGUCCAGGACAUGAUCAUACAGAGGAAUCUAAAACAGCUGAUCCUCUGAAAUUGAGCGCGGUCCGACGAGCUUGGGAGUCAUACGGCUCUCGCGAGUUUUCUGUUGCGGGGCUCACACUCCCCUAGGAAAUCCGCGGAUCCCCGAGACACUCAAGCGCGCGAGUCUCUACACGAAUCGCAGUCGAUUAGCGCCGCUGAUUUACGACACUGCCGCUCGGCGGCCCCACGAACUACACAUGACGACGUUGACGGUUUUCACGAGCUUGCCGCCAUAUUACUCCUCUUGGACUGGGAGUACGGUGAUUCGUACCCAACGUCGCAUUGCAUCACCGACAGUAGUACACUUGACGGAACGCCUUACUGCAGCCAUAUGAUGCUGCAGGAUCAGGGCAUAUCACUUCUACUUCCCGAGGGAACCGGGCACAAAGACUUCAACCGCUGUUGUUGCGCAAACUUUAAAUGCCCAGCAUCGAUGGAGAAAGCUCGAUGGAAUAUUUUGGGGGCGUGUUUCUAUCUGGAGAGGGUGGGUUCUUAGGUGGUAAGAACCCUCGAGACGACGCAUUGAGAAGGGGUCAGACCCGGCAUGUCCAGGACGGACCGGGUGAGACAGACGUUUAGGAAUCGGAAUGGGUGCACGAACGGCGAUUUUUCUGGAUAUCAAAGCCCCGAUCGUCAGCAGUUGAGGUUGGACAUUAGUCACUGCCGAGCCAGGGACGAGGGCCUGGACGCAUAUAUAAUACGUUACUUGAACUUUUCAGAUACCCGACAUUAUACAUAUUUUGUAUUUUCGUCCGAUGGAUGCCCUCUCCGUUGGCAUCCCAGAGCCAGCAAGCCACUGCAUCUCUUGUGAAUCACUUGAUCAUGAGGCUGGGAUAAGAGACUCAUUCCACAACAGCUGCUGGUCGGACUGUGCGGGCGAUGUCGGUGGUGACAUUGGUGCUGAUCAGCCUGAAUAUCGCGCCCACAAGUUCCGAGCUGCCGUGACGAUUGGAU